AUGAAUUCUCAGACUGCAGUUAUCCUAAGAACUGUCGCUGUCAUGCUGAUGCAUGCCAUCUCAUGUGCAAAUGCUUUCUCAAUAAUGCCAACUUCCUUCCACUGGGGAGGAGGUCUAGCGUCGCUACUUCGGGCUCGAAACAUGGAAGCUACAGCUUUAAUAAAACCAUCUAGGGUGAUGAUUCGUCGUAUGACAUCCGUGGAAGAUGACGAAGAAGACGAAGACGAACUGGCGGAAGACCCUUACGAAGCGCUGGCAGCUUCCGAAUUUCUCGAUACUACUAGUAAUGAAACUGCUACAGAAGCAUAUGCUUCCUCAAUCACUCGAAGGAAUGCUGAUUUGAGUGAAACUAAGUUGGACUGGGGCGGUGCGAUUGGCAAACUGCGGCAACGAGUAGAAGACGUUGAGUCUGGCUUGUCCAAACAACCCUCCCAAGCACUCUUUCGCAUCAUGAGUGAGAAACAGCCCAACAUGCUCAUUGGAGAAUUUGUUCAAUCGGCCGAUCCAAAAACAGUUCAAGCCAUGUCAGGAGCCGUCGGCAGUUUAUUGGGAGGCCUAGCUACACCCUCAUCUGGUAUUGAGACGGUUGUCAAGGCAAGCGGUGACAAGAUUGGUUCACUAUGUUUUCAACUGCAGAUGACGGGAUAUAUGUUUCGGAAUGCCGAAUACGUUUUGGCACUCAAGGAUGUAUUGAAUCUUCAAGGAAAGAGAAGUCUUAAAGACUACAAGGAUGCCUUUGACAAGUUGGACAAGGAUAAUUCUGGAUUCAUUGAAGUUACUGAAAUUGUCUCCUUGUUUGAAAAAGUCUACGAGGGUGAUGCCCCUGCCUAUGAAACUGAGGCCUUUAUGAACUACUUUGAUCAAAACAACGAUGGAAGAAUUAGUUGGGGUGAAUUUGAAAAGGGCCUGGGCGCUGCCUUUGUUAUCCAGCCGGAGGAAAAGGUUGCUGGGUCUCGAUUGUUGAGUGGUCAGAGCGAUGAUUUGGACGACGACGAUGACGAAGAUGAGGAUGAAAUGAUCGACAUCAGUACUGAUGUAUCCGGUACCAUCGAUAUCGAGCUUGAGAAUGGAAUGAUUGUAGAAGUUGAUGCCAAGGAGUACAUGGAAGCGCUUCAGGACGAAGCUGAAAUACUGAAAGCAGAGCUCAGUCUAGCAAAAGGCGAGAUCCCCAAAGAUUUGAUGGGUGGCAUACUAUCUCCAGGUGCUGAAUCCAUGGACAUUACGCAAUUCAUUGCUGCACACGAUGGUGAUGUUUCGACCCUUACUGAUGGUAUCAGCCCUGAGGUGGUUGACACCAUGAAGAAGCUGGUCAAAUUCGUACUGGAAGGAGGCGAGAGUGGAAAGGGAAAGAAGAAACCUUCCAACAAAGAAAAGUCAGAGAUGCAAAUGGUUAUUCCUGGUAAUGCUCUGCAACAACUUUCGUUGUGGCAACUUGUCUUGGGAUAUCGAUUGCGAGAAGCGGAAGCCAUUGGAGAUUACAAAAAGCUCCUACGAGACUAA